AUGGCUGAAGCCCCAUCCAAUCAGAACCGGGUGUUCAUUGGAGACGUGCUCAGUUCGGGCAACUCCAGCUACCUGGUGGAGUCUGUCCUCGGGCAGGGUACCUUCGGCACGGUUACCAAGUGCAGGAAUAUUGCCGACAACAAGACGGUAGCCAUCAAAAUGAUGAGAAACCACGGCUCUUUAGUCGAGCAGGCCAGAUCAGAGGUGGAUGUCCUGUUUCAACUCCAACUGCUGGACUCUGACAAGAGCAACCUGGUGCAAUGGUACCAGGUGUUCACCUGCAGACAACACAUCUGUCUAGAGUUUGAGCACUUGGACAAAAGUCUUGACGACUUCAUGGAGGAAAGAUUAUUCCAACCUCUCCUUCUGAGGGAAAUCAGACCCAUUGUCAAGCAGGAGCCUUACAGGAUUAAAGUCAUCGACUUCGGCCUGGCCCAUAAGGCGUCAGCUGCCACCCAGGGCGCUUACAUUCAGACCCUUCCGUACAGGUCUCCAGAGGUUAUUUUGGGUCUGCCAUAUACAGAGGCCACAGAUAUGUGGUCUGUGGGCUGCGUCGCUGCUGCCCUCUACCUCGGAUUCCUCCUGUACCCCGGCUCGAGUGAAUAUGACAUGAUGAGGUACAUAGUGGAGACUCAGGGUCAUCCAGCGGACACCAUGCUCAACCACGGAGAAAAAACUGCCUGUUUUUUUCAACAAGACGGCAACUCCAAGAAUAUUUCCUGGAACUUUAAGACACCGGAACAGUUCCAUCGUGAGACUGGCAUUCGGUCGUCGGAGACCAGGUGCGAGAAAUUCAGCUCGCUGUAUGAUCUCUUGCACAUGCAGCUCAUCGAGAGCACAACGACUGCUGACAAAGUUUCAGAGUCGAAUGACAGGCUUCUCUUUGGGAACAUCCUCAGUGGGAUGCUUGAGCUCGAUGCGGCCAGGAGACUCACACCCCGCCAGGUGCUCCAGCAUCAAUUCACCAGCAUGCACCACAUGUCCAGCAGAUACCAUGUCAGCCCCUAUGUACGGUCCUGUUUUGAGACAAUGGACCUCUGUGAGAACCGGACUACUGACACUGGGAAAGCUGCGGUAGGGUCAUCCUCGGGGAGCGCCGAUAGCAUCCAGCAGAACCUUCCUUCUGCCCUUAGCCAGCCACAAGGCAUCAACCCUCUUCCCUGCUCGACUACCCGGACCUCGGGUUCACUCAUGUCACGGGUGAAAAGAAAAGUUGAUGACGAAAAUGAGACGAUGAGCGAAACCUCUCAUCCGUCAAAAAGGGUCCAGUGUGGAUGGCUCAGAGCACCCUAUGCUUGUCAUCAAGUUGAUGACAGCAACAGGAUCCGGAGAGACCUUCCAGCUCCGUCCAUCUCAAGCAGCAGCAAAUGCUACUCACCAAGCUUUGUGGAUGAAGACGACUCUGACAACCACCAGUUGUCCAAUCUUGAUCAAUCACAAGAUAAAGAGGGUCAGAAAAAACUCGGCAACUCCGUCCACCUCAAGCAGCAGCAGAUGCUUAACACGAAGCGCCAAAAGAAAGAUGGCUGA